AUGACAAUCGCACCUCAACAAUGGGGCCGAAAACAAGUCGAAAAGUGGGUUAAUUCAGGACAAAACCAGGCUCGCCGAUCAGUCGUUCUGAGAAAAAACGGAGGAGUUUUAGCUUGUUCACAGUGUUUACGAGGAAAUUUGCCUUUAUCCGAUGCACCAUUUGACGCUGUGGUUAAAUUUUACUGCGAAGAUGAUAUAAGUCGAGUGUCAUAUAAUGUCAAAGACACGAUCCUCAUCAAUAAACAACCGGUACCAGUUCGAUUUAUGGGAAUGACAGUCUUAGAUGUUUAUCGAAUGUUCAACGAAAAACAUUCUGAUGCUGUAGCACGAUCAACUUUCAACUCACUUCGACCUCGAGAAGUCAAAAUAGCCUCGCCACAUGAAACAUGCAUGCGCGCUACUCAUGAAAACAUGGAUCUUCUAUUAAAGGUUUGUGCCAAUUACCAAUGA